UUUCAAAAGAUUAUUCCUAUUAUUUAAAAUAGGACGAAAAAACAUAAUUACAAGCAAUAAUAGAAAUUAGUUCCACUGUCUCACCGCUACGCGGCAUUUCAGUGUCCAUAAAUUGACUAAAUUUUCAUUUGCAAAAAAAUCUGAUUAAUAUAAUUAAUUUGUGAACUUUUGUAUUUUUUGAACAAUUAUAUCUUCCAAACUAAAUUCUCAGCUUUCAUUCUAUGUGUCAUUUGACUUGUAAAAUGUAUGUAUAAAGAUUGCAAACUUUUUUCAAUAGAUCGAGGCAUUCUCUCGUCCAAAUAAUGUUUAUUUUUUAAAUCGGUAACAUUGGAAAUGAUACUAAAAUGAUAAGAUAUAUAUACACAAAAUGUAUUAGCGUACUAUAUUUUAAUAGUUCUAAUAUUUUAAUAUUCGUAAACAAAAGAAAUUAUGUGACUGGAAGAUGGAAUUAAUAAAAAUCGAAAAUGUUUAUAUAACGCUACUUACUAGAUUUGUACUUCACAAAUUCCAAUGCAUUAAAUAUCAGCAUAGAUACAAACAACAUUUCAUUGAUAGAUUAGAUAUAGUAAAUUAGUUAUUGAAUUAAAUUUAGAAAGUGACAAAAAAGUAAAUGAAAUUUGUUAUCUAUACAUUAAAGUUAUGAAGAUAGUUUGUGCUGCAAAAAUAUGUAAAUACUCUUUAGACAAUGAAGACUCUACCAAUAUCAAAUUUAUUCAUUUCCCAAACAAUGAUACAUCAAAAAUAUGGGCACACCAGUGUGAUAGAACAGACCUUUUAAUGAAGUCUAAUGAAGAAUUGUAUUUAAACUAUUAUAUAUGUUCUCAUCAUAUAGAGGAUCGCUAUUUCAUAAAUAAAACAAAUCCUGUGAUAAUAGACCAACAUGCUAUUCCAACUUUAUUUGAAUCUCAUACUAAUAUUGAAAAAGAUUCGAGGAAUGUCUUUGAUAGAAAUGAACAAACACAAAUAGCUGAUAAUGUGUUAUCAUAUUGUGAUAUGGAUGUCGAAAUAGAUCAGUAUCAUGAUAUGAAUAUUAAAUUUUCAAAUAUAUGUAGAAUAUGCCAGGAAUCAUGUUUGGAUGGUAUAGAAAUAUUUUCAUUGAAAGGGAUAGACUUAAGGCUGAGAGAAAAAAUAAAUUUACAUCUACCAAUUACAGUUAAUAUGGAAGAUAUAAUGCCACAAAAAUUGUGUAUGAGCUGUUAUAAUAAAUUAGAAAUUGCACAUUCAUUAGCUGUAACAUCGUUAAAAACAGACAUGAAGUUAAAAAAAUUUUUGAACAUUAAUGUAGAACUAAAUUAUGAUCAUAGGUACAAUGCAAUAGUAAAGAAGUGUUCCGUAGAAAUAACUGAAGAAAUGUAUAUGAAUGAAACAACUGAAGUUACAUCUGUAAAGUUAUCUUCUAACAAAAUUAAUGAAAUUUCUAUGAAUCACGAAGUCACUGAAAAAUUUAAUGACUUGCAAAAUACUAAUAUGCAAAAAGAUAAUUUUAAAAAUAUAACAAAAGAAGUGCAAUCUGAUUUAAAUUGUUUUAUUGAAUCACACAAUAAAGAAAUUAAAGAAAAUGAAUGUACAACUAGAGUAACAAAAGAUUAUUCAGAAAAUGAAACAUUAAAUAAUGCAAUUCAAUGCAUUUAUUGCAAGAAUGUAUUUAAAACGCAAGAAAUAUUUGAAAAUCACAAAAUAUUGUGUGUUGAAGAAGAAAUAGUGAUACAGAAAGAAAAAGGAACCAAUAAUAAUAUGAAUAAUAAAGAAUCCGAUAACAUAAAAAUAAUGAACUUCCAAUUUGUAACGAAAACUUGUAAUAUUUGUCAUAAAUAUUUUGAAACUGAAAAACAUUUCAUUGAACAUAUCUCACACUGCAAAUUUCUUCAAGAAGAUUAUCAAAUUACUGAGCAUAAAGCAAUCGCAAAGACGGAACAGUGCAACAACUAUAGAAAUUCCUAUAAUAUUAAUAAUCUAUUGAUAGAAACUAGUAGAAAAUGUGGCCACUGUAAUUUGAUUUCUAAUACUAAAAAGGAAUUAUUAAAUCAUAUUAUGGAAUGUCAUGAGGGCCAACUUUUAUUUAAAUGUAUUAUGUGUGACAAAAGCUAUGAAAAAUGGGUUAGUUUAGACAUACAUGAAGCCACUCACAGACUAGAUAAACCUUAUCUAUGCGAUUUAUGUGGAAAAAGCUUUAAACAUUCCAAUAAUUUAAGAGGUCACAAAAGAACUCAUUUAGAUGAUUCAAAAAAGAAACGACACAUUUGUGAUAUUUGUGGAAAUGCAUUUAGAUCUAGAUUUCAUUUGGGAGAACAUAUGAACCAGCAUAAUGGAAAUAAACCUUACUCUUGUGAAAAAUGCGGCAAAGCUUUUUACAAAAGGAUACAAUUAAGACAGCAUAAACUUUCCCAUGGUUUAAAUAAACAUAUUUGUCCAAUUUGUGGGUCAGCUUUCAAUCGUAAGGGAAAUAUGAAUACACAUCUUAAACGUCAUAAUAACAGAAACGAUAUGUAUACAUGUAGUAUAUGUAAACAUAAAUGUAAAUCAAUGAGUGAGUUGAAAUCACAUAGAAAAACUCAUACAGAACAAGACAUAGAAAAUAUAAGCAAACGGUGCAUCGAUAAAACUAUAUGGAAAUGUAAGAGUUGUAGUCGAAUAUUUUCAACUCGAGCGGUAUUAUUGAAUCAUGAACGUAUACAUAAAAAAGACAGAAUAAGUAUCGACUGCAAUAUUUGUGGGAAGAAAUUAGCGAGUAAAAAUUCUUUAAUAUAUCAUAAAAAGUCUAUUCAUUCUUCGGAGAGACCGUACAUAUGUCAGUAUUGCAAAGAAUCGUUUGUUUCCAAAGAGUCGCGUCUUAUACACGAAAGAAUACAUACCGGAGAACGUCCUUACGUCUGCAAAAUAUGUAAAAUGGAAUACAGACGUUCAAGCAAUCUUAAUCAACACAUGAAAAUUCAUUCUGAUAUUAAGCCUUAUAAAUGUAUAUACUGUAAUAAAAGUUUCACACGAAAAGGAGCGUUAAAUGUACAUGAGAGAGUUCACACUGGAGAGAAACCAUUUGCCUGCCAAAUAUGCGAUAGAACAUUUUCUCAAAAAAAUGACAUGAUCAAGCACACUAAAACGCACGAUGCCAAAUCGUUGUCUUGCGAACAAUGCGGUGAAGUGUUCAUAAAGAAGAAAGAUAUCCUGAAACAUAUUGGUUUACAUGAAGAAAAUCCAAUAAUUCAGGAAUAUGUAGAGGUACAACAAGAAAUGGAAUCUUAUAAUGUAGAUAUAGUAUGCUCUGAAUUUGAGUGAUUUAUACAAUAAAUACUAGGUACUAAAAUAAUAUAUCUAUAUAUUAUAUUAUAUGAUUUAAUUAUUAAUAAAAAAAAUUGUCUUCGUAA